UUCGCAGUUCCACCAGUCAGUCAGUCAGUCAGUCAGCAGUGCAAUGAUCAUCAGUGGUGAAGGAGCGCUAAGCUCAAUUUCUCGGUGCGGUAUGGACGGAAGUGUGUAGUGGCGGCGACAGUCAGUGUAACUGCGAAUGAGAGUUUUUUUUUCUGCUCGAACUAAUGGACGACACUAGUCUGUCUGUGCGUUAAGCCAUCGUUAUUCGUAGUUCAAGAAAAGGCACCAUUGCCGUUCAAUGUGCAGCUCGAAGCCAGUGAAAACGGAAGUGUAAAUCCGGGUGGUUACCCAGCCCCAUCGGGUCGAUCCGACAUAAUGGUGAAAUCUUGAAGGAAGAAAAAAAAUAAACCCCCAAAAUCGAGUUUGCUGAGUAGAAGUUCUAGGAGCGCUGCUGCGUGCUAAAAAAAAAAAAAAACAAAAAAAAAACAGGAUGCUGGUCAUCUGAGUAGCGGUGGGGAAAUUGCGAUUUCACUGCGUUCAAUUGGGGUUCGAUUUUGUAAUUUACAAUUUUCGAACAAAGCCUACCAGGACUGCUCCGUCCUCUGAGGGCACAGUGGGCCACAAUAGUCGCGAUUUGAGAAAAAUCUGCCUGCUGGUAAAAAUGUGUGUGUGCGUGUAAGUGGACCCCUGUUGUGUCGGAAAGAAGUGUCAGUACGAGCGAGCGAGCGAGCAAGAACAACAAUAACAAUCGCAAUCAGUCCGUCAGUCAGCAGCAGUCGGAUUGCUCCCCGUUCGAACUAAACCCAAACAUCAGCUGCGGGAGCGAGAAAAAGACGAACGGGCCCUGCCUGGUGUGAGCAAAGACUGCUGACAAGAGCAGAAAGAAGUAAAAGUGCUCAAACCCCCCUCUAGCAGAGUAGUGUUUGUGUGCGGUGUGUGCGCUGCUUUGUGUGUCAAAAAGUGGAGCCCUUUUUCAAUAAAUUCAACAAUAAAAGCAAAUAAUUAGUGGAUUGAAAAGGUCGGAACACCUUGGCGAAGCUAGUGCUUGGGUCCCCGGUGGGAGGCUGGCAGCACGCAGGUUCCCGAGAGAGUAACAUCCAGCGGAAACCUGAUCGUGACAAAUAUGUGAAAUCGGAUUUUGAAAGUUGGGUUAUACAGGUUUCGUCGUCAUUGGUGUUUUUUUUUUUUCGGUCGUCGUCAGUCGCGAAAUCUUAUCGUGUUUUCUUGAUUAGUGUCAAGUGUAUGUGUGCCACUCGGGUUAAGAAGUGAUUUGACUCGCGCGAAUUCGUGUGAAGUGGGAUUUCUUCUUGUUCAAUCGCUGCAAGAACAAGCGAAAACCAGUCUCAAUAUUCAGUGCGCGACAGUAGAAAACCAUAGACGAACGUUGGUUGGUGUUGGUUGGUAGCGACGCAGCGCACUCUGUCGUGUGUGUGUGUCCUGCCGGAAGUUGCGGAUAGCUGAGGAUCCGUAACGUAAGAGCGUGAAGGAGGAGAUAGAGAAAAAAAAAACAGUAUUGGCGAUCCGGAAGUAGAGCCGAAACACAGUGGCUCCAAACACGCAAGAUUCGGUAGUUUCAUGAGAAGAGAUGGGAAUAAAGGCCAGCACAGCAAAUGGUGGACAAUCGAGUCCUAGAGCUAGAACGUUCUCCACCAGCAGCAGCUCGGACAUGGUGUCCGGCGGUGCAGGAGCGCCGUACGAAAUAUCCUCCGCCAGUCCGGAAACCGACAGUAGCUCCGCCGAGGAAAAUGCCGCGGCGAGUGCCGCCUCACUAGCGCUAGGUAGGGUCUAUGCGGCCACAUCCUUGCCCACGCACAUCUGGUCAUUGAAUGGCAUCAAAUGUCCAGUGUGCAGCAAGUUUGUCAUGCCGGACGAUAUAGAGUGUCAUUUAGUAAUGUGCCUAACGAAGCCUCGUUUGUCUUACAAUGAGGAUUGCUUAACGGAUGCCAAGGGUGAAUGUGUUAUAUGUUUAGAAGAUUUAUGUCCCGGUGAUAUCAUUGCUAGAUUGCCCUGCCUAUGCAUCUAUCAUAAAGGAUGUAUCGACAAAUGGUUCGAGGUGAAUCGCAGCUGUCCGGAACAUCCGGGUGACUAGUAAUGCUAAUGGUGUUAGUCCACACCGGGACUGGGAAACUGUUUUUGUACUAAGCAAGGGGGAUAAAUCCAGUAGUAACUAAACAAAAUAUAUAGAAUUAGUGCAAAGCAAAGCUAGAGCGAGAGAGAGAGAAAAAAAAACAAAAAAAAAAACAGAACAAUGCAGGAAAGGUGACUUCUCUUGGUCUCUGCACACUCACCGGUUCGAGAAUUGGUGGUUUUUCCCCCUUUUCUGUAAGUAAUUUAUUUUUUUAACCAAUUUUGCAAUCAAUAAAACCUGUGACAGGCUCUUAACUACGUCCGUCUAUCGAGCGGCAGCACCGCGGGUAAGGGUGGGCUUUCGUUUGGAAGUCAUUUUUUAAUUAAGUUGGAUAGUAGGGCUCUGAGAAGUUUCCUUCUAAAUUGUGCAUUUCAUUUGGACAAAGAAAAACGUGUUUAGAACUGGUUUUAGGAUGAUCCUAUUGGUUUCCCAUCUUUCGCAUGUCGAUUGCUAGUUGACGAAAAAAUCUAGUACAUAGAAAUUAGUCGUGGAUAGUCGCUUUGUAAAUAAUCAGACAUGUUAAAAAUAACAAGGAAAAAGGAGAAGAAAAGAGAGAAAAUAAAAACAAACCAGCUAACAGUAAGAGAAAAAAUAAACAACUAGAUCUAAACGUAAAAUCUUCAACUGAUAAACUUUAGCAAGAAUUACGGAUUAAAGUCGAAGCAAAUAUCUGUAGAGAUACUAUGUAGUGAUAUGUAAUCCUUUAAGAAAACCGAACAACGGUAUUUCGCGGUGAAUUUUUGUUCGCUACUCUCUUGAAUUGCUAGAGAAAAGUUCAAGCUACGAUCAACAACCUUUAAGGACACUUUCAUAUUUUUUUUCUGUUUCCCUGUCCUUGGCGUGUACUUUUCAACUUAUUUCCGAAGAAAGUAGGUUUCUCUUUUGAGAAACGCAAUGCCAACAGCGAAUAAAAGGAAGCAUAUUAGUAAAAUUAAAUACCAAAACCCGAAAAUCGAACGAGAGCCUUUCGUUCUGUUGCAGGAUUAACUAGUAAAUAGUAAAUUUAAACAAAACAACUUGGAAUGGCUACUCCCCGAGCUUUCGCACUGAAUAAGCGAUGCGCGAAGCAGAUAGCGUCCUUCGUCACCGUGACCACCGGGGAUGAUAAUGAGACCGCAAUGCAAUUUGAGACCUUCGCGAUGGUGGUGGGCACGCAAAUUAUCAUCAUUCUAGAUAGAUAGAAUAAAUUAACGACGAGAUCCCCAAGAUCUAGUCUGUGUGUAGGAGGGUGUGUAGGUAUUGUUGAUGCGAUUAUGUUUCGCUGAACUUUCCAAUUUGCCAACGAAUCAACAUUUGUGCCGGAGUUUUGUGCCGUUUACUAGCGUUGGCUCUUCCGGUAAGAAGGUUUUUUUUUUCAUGGCAGAUUAUAAUGUGACAUUUUUGUUUUCUGCGUCGCCUUCAUUUUUUUCAGUUCUCGACGAACUUUGACCCUCUUUGGUUUGUAGUCUUCCGGGGCAUUCUAACAAUCGAACGAGGCAUAAAAUGUAUACCAUUUCGUCUGUAACUUUACGUCGAUGAUCGUUUUUUCGUCUCCAGAUCUCGAUGUCAACUUCAGGUUCCGUCAAUGUUUCUAUUUUUGACAUCUAUCAUUUUUCUAUAAUUUAACGUUUGACAUUUUACUGUUUUUUUUAAAAUAAUUUUUUGUCAAAUGUGGCCUCUAUAAAUUUUAUUGGUUUCUGCAGCGUUUAUCAUUUUUUUUUAUUUCAACUUUUAUUCAAUUUGUGAUGGUCUAUUUUUUAUGUUUUUUUUGCCUAUUUUUCAAAUGUUACGAUGUUUUUAUUUAAAAUUCUUGCCAUCACUUAGCACUAGAUGAUUCUCCCAUCAGUUUCAAUAGGCAUAUAUAUUCUUUCAUUUGUAUAAACUUUUAAAAUGCUUUUCUCAAUUUUUAUCUGCUUACUUCUUUCGUCAAUGCUUUGGAUUCAAACUGUUUGACAUUUUGAAAUAAAGUUAAACAAUUGUUUUUUGUACAAUUUAAAAUUUUCAUUAUUUUUCAAGCAUCUUUUCUUAACAAAAGAUUUUCUAUUUUCAUUACAAAAACAAUAAAACUCGAACUCAAAAAUAAUACUUUAGAACGCAGCGAAAACUACUAAAAAAAUUACUUUAAAUUUCUUCUUUCUUUGAUUUCUAAUUCACUUCCCCUGGUUUCUAGUCACUGAACUAGAAAGAGCGUCGCUUCUCAGGUCGCUGCAGAAAUUACCAGAUUCGACCUCGUUUUAUGUUUAGCAGUCUUCCGAAGCACUCUGCCAAUCGAACAAGGUAUAAAAUAUAUAUGAAAUUUCGUCUGCAUAAUUUCGUCCUACUUCUAGGAUGACUUCGGGUUCUGUUUGAAAAGAUCCACUAUUUUCAAUGAAGUUUUAAAGUCAGUUACUCUUACCUACAUUGUAAUUUUUUUUUCAAUUUUAUACCUAAAUUGGAGACAAUUUUUACAAUAGUUUUAUCUCCUUUGUCAUUUGUUGGGUUUCGAAUAUUUUGCCAGUUAUUUUUUUUUUUAAGUUUUCUAGCUAUUUCUAUUAAGAUAUGUUUAUUUUUUCGUUUUGGCCUUAUAAUUUUCGCUUUUGUACAUAAGUUCUUUUCGACUUUCAGUCGUAUUAAUAACGCUUGCACAGCAGUGUGCGACAGAUACUGUUCGCUAACUGGGCGACGAGCACUUCCCAGUUAAUGAAAUCAGCUCGCUAACUGGGAUAUCAUCCCAACGCCAAGGGGGAAUUCGAUGGUUAACGCUGCUUCGCGACAAUUUCAUAAAAGGCUUUCGUUCUCAAGUUGAUCACCAAACAGGGAAGCCACAACUACAAACUUAUCUCUCAAAUAAAGCUUUUAAACUUUAGUUUUAUAUAGCGAGUACAUUUAUCAGCUUUAUUAUUAUUUCUGUAUUUUAAAUGGUCGGCGUGCGACCAGACCGAACCAAGCGCCAUAUUUUAAAAAAUCGAGUUCACCAGUGGAUGUUUAAAUUGAUAAUCUAUCUUUCAUGAAAAAACGAAAUCAUUUGAACAGUUUAUAAUGGUAUUAUUACAAAAUUUCUCUGCAGCAGCCUGCAGGAAAUAUAAGGGGUGAUUAAACUUUGAUCGCCGUCGCACGCCGACCAAAUAUUCUCGAUUAGAGAAACUUAAAUUUUUCAGUUUUUAUUCCCAAUCCACAUGCCCCUCGUUAGUUCUGAUAUUUGAGGUUUGUUGUCUUUUUAACUGGGAAUCCUCCCAGUUAGCGAGCGCCCAGUUAAACAGAAGCCCAGUUAAAGCGUGCCCAGUUAGCGAAUAAUUACUGUAGUUAGGGAUGAGCAAAAGAAUAAGUCGGCAGUGGAAUGUGAUGCCGUAGACAGGGAGAUGGCGGGUUCAUGUCCCGUCGGGAUGUAGUAUAUUUUUCCAAAUCUGUAUCGUAGUAUCGUAGUUCGCUUAUUUUUCGCUUUCCCUACUGCACACAUUGUCUGGUUAAUGAACUUGAAUGUUAACGGGUAAAAGCCGUUGUUAAAAAUAGAAAUUUAGUUCGAAAAAUUCCUUCCGACUAUUUGGAUUUUUUGUGUGUUCUAUCAUACUAUAAAAAUACAUUUUCAUUGAUUUUUUAUUAGUUUUUUUCAAUGUUAACACUUCAACAUCACGUUUUUUAAAAAAAAAAAACGUUUCGUCGAUUGUUUUCUAUUUGGCAAUUUUUACAUAUUUUUCCCCGGAGUUUAGCACUUGUUGGUAUUUUUUUCAACAUUGUAUUCGACUUUUGUGUUGUUUUUAACUGUUUUUGUUCGCAAUUCGUCAUACUUUCUCUGGAAAAGAGUCAUAUUCUUUUUUUUUCUUUUUGUAGUGUUCCGGGACUCUCUGCCAAUCGAAUGCGGCAUAAAAUUCCUAUCCAGAAUUUUGUCUUAAAACGUUUCAACAGUCAUAACUAUUUUAUUCUUUUUAAAAUAUUUUGCAGAGGUUAUCAUUUUCAUUUUUUUUUGUGGCUUAUACCGAUUUUUUUGCAAUUUGUCAUAUUUUGUUUGGUUAGUGAAAUUACGGAAGCCUUAUUUUUCUCAGUUCGCUACGGAAGUUAGCAGAUCACUUACCGAACGAAGAACUUUCUCGGUGAGCUUAGACCUUCCGUUGCGUUUUGCAGUCUUCCGGGGGUCUCUGCCAAUCGAACAAGUGAUCAAACGCAUCAAAUUUCAUCUGCAAUUUUUCAGCUUUUAAUUCUGUUUGAAAAAAUCCGUUACUUGAAGGAGUUUCAGCGUCAGUUUCUCUGGCUUUUCUUUUUUCAACUCUAGACCGCACUUAAUUUUAUUUUAUAUUCGUUAAUUUUCCAAUUUUUGGUAAUUUUCUGCCUAUGAUUUUCUAGUUUUGAUUCUGUUUAUUUUGAAGUAGAAUACUUCUCUCAGGAAGUUCGGCUACAUAGGGAUGUGAAAUGAAAAUCUAAAACCGAAAAAAGUGAAAAAUAUGUCCAAUUUCAAAUGCUAAUAAAUCGGUUAGUUUUCGAUGGAUUUCCUUCGUUCUUACAGCAAUAGAUUGGAAAAUCUUCUAAGAUUCUUCCAAAAUAAAGAUAAUUGUAAUUUUAUUAUUCAAACUAUUGUACUAUUGAAAAUAGUUAAGCCUUGUCAAAACGGAAAAUUAGACCUCUGAUUGGUCGUUAUAAAACUGCUUUCCAAGCACGGUCGACAUAAUCAUAUACCUUGCAGUUUAAAAUAUGCUAUUUGGCCUAUAUAAGACCGGGGCCGUCCAUAAAACACGAAACUCAAUUUUUAAUAUUUUUUGGCACUUUCUUCCUUUUUAUAGAAUUAUAUGAUCUUUGACCACAAGUAGUGCCACCGGGCGUCUUCCCCAUUGAAAAAAACGUCAUUUAUGGACGACCCAUCGAAAUAAACAAAUUUUAAAUAUAUAUACA